AUGCAAGGUUCUAUGCCUUGGAAUGGUGAUACAUUUUCUAAUGUACAAGGAGCUGCAAAGAAGGGGCGUGUGCGAUGUAUGGGCAAGUUUACUAAAUCCAAAAAAUCAAAGGUUUAUGUGUCCGAAAAUGAAGAGUUACGUGAUAGAGUUAAGCAUAUGGAAGGCUUGUUAGCAAAUGUCCUUACCUUAAUUCAGAAUAAAUUUUCUGGACAAGAUGUGAAUGACAUAAUACAAGCUGCUCAACAAGUUACUGAUGCUUCUAGUGCUCAUAACCAUUUGAACUCUCCUAGUCCUAACAAUAAUGAAGAUAUUGAAAAUGGUGAAGAUUAA